AUGAGCUGUUCUGAGGUACUGCAGUCUGUCAGAGAUCAGCUGUGCUGCUCUGGCCUCAGCUCUGAAGUCGAACCCCUCCCAUCUGAGAGAGCUGGACUGAGGGGCAGCAAUCUGCAGGAUUCAGGAGUGGAGCUGCUGAGAGAUCUUCUGGAGAGUCCACUCUGCAGACUGCAGACUCUCAGUCUGGAGAGCUGCAGUCUGACAGAGAUCAGCUGUGCCUCUCUGGCCUCAGGUCUGAAGUCCAACCCCUCCCAUCUGAGGGAGCUGGACCUGAGUGGCAACGCUCUGAAAGAUUCAGGAGUGGAGCUGCUGAGAGAUCUUCUGGAGAGUCCACUCUGCAGACUGCAGACUCUCAGACUGGAGUUCUGCAGUCUGUCAGAGAUCAGCUGUGCUGCUCUGGCCUCAGCUCUGAAGUCCAACCCCUCCCAUCUGAGAGAUCUGGACCUGAGAAACAACAAUCUGCAGGAUUCAGGCGUGCAGCUGCUGAGAGAUCUUCUGGAGAGUCCACUCUGCAGACUGCAGACUCUCGGGGCCAAUUACAAGAUGAUCCCAGCCAAGAUCCAGAAGAACUGGGACUCUGAUGUGGAACAGGAAGUGGAGACAGACAGAAAGGCUCCAGUUUCUGUCUCAGCUGAACACACAACUUAGUCUUCCCACAGGUAAUCCUAUAACAUGACCAGAGACUACUUGUAAUAUAUAUUUAUAUAAGCAUACUUCUGUAAAGUCGUGCCUUUCACCAUGAGGUAUUGCAUUCAGUCUCUUUCCAGCAAACAUACGGUGUAUAAUAUAAUGCCUCGAUGUGUAAGAUGGUUUACAGCAGUGGAUCUCAACCUAUUCCAGUCGCAACCCCUCAGUGUCAGAAACUGAUGUGCACACACUCUGACUCUCAUUGACCGAACCUGAGGCACCCUUUCGGGUCAGAUCUGUCGGGGGCUGGUCACCCAAAAUCAUAUAUUACAUAUUUUGUUAUAAUUAUUGAUGUGUUUAUCAAAGCUGGUAAUGGUGGAACUAGUUGUAUUUACUUUAUUUACUCCUGGGUAGAAUGUGAAUUUAAUCAACAUGUAACUAAAGGUCUAAUAAGAGUUGAUCCUGUUGAACUCAGCUCCUCAUGGUGUCAGUGAGACUGCUGAUAAAGGUUUAUACACACAAACUGAACGAUUGAGAAUAAAGCCUUUAUGAAAUGUGAUCAUAUGUUGUUGUAACCUUUAAGAUGUGUCAUGAUCUCUUUCAAAUUAAAUGUCUCACUGUGCAAUACA